AUGCUUUACAAAACCGCCCUGUCAAUUGCCUGUAUUCUUGUCGGCACUCAGGCCCAGCAAGCAACUAACUGUCAAUACCAGUCGCUGAAGUGCGGUUCUGCACUUCUUGCUGCUCCUUAUAGCUAUACUACAGCCCAGCUCAUUGCGGCUAUCAACGACACUGCCUCUAUUCCAAUCCUCACAGUCGCUGAGAUCUCUCAGACUCUUUUCCACUGCACCGAUAUUCUGGGUACGAUUACUGGAAACUCGUACUGCUUCGCUGGAUGCGACAGCAAGGCUAGUACUCGCAAUGAUCAAUGCAGCAUGUAA